AUGCGGAAGCCUUCCAUUCCAGACCUGAUCUACCAGAGAACAUUCCCUAAACCAAAGCCCACCGAUCCCGCUUCUUUCUAUGCCCAUGUGCAUCGGAAUAUUGUAGUAGAGAUCCGCGCAGAGGUCCAGACAUACUAUGGAACGGUCGAUACGUUGGAAGCACAGUAUCCCGGUCUCGAUUAUACCCACCCUCCUCACCGUCGUCGUUUGUCAAGAUUUACAUGGCACCGAAGAUUGUUCCGCGUGUUCGAUGAACUUGGCGUGACCAAGGAUGAGAUUCUGAGUCUUUGCAAAUGGGAGGGAACACGCGCAGCCAAGGAAAGAUACGAACAAGACGCAGAAACAAAAGUCAAGACAACCACUGGCGAUGAUGUCGCGGCAGCACCUGUGGGAUUAGGACCAAGAGCGGUGUUUGAGCAGCCGUCACGACCUGUUUGUGACUACCAAUCCGAAGACGCCGAGACAGUUGCCGCAGAGGCAGACCGUGAAGACCUAGACCGGCCCAAGACCGACCCGUCUACGGUCAGUCAGUCACCAGAGCCUACAAAUGUUGUCCUGGAAGCUCUACGUGAUGUUAUGUUUGCAAGACUGGAAGGGGAUCCCUCGGCAGACAAUCAUGCCUUGGAACAAUGGCUCAAAGAGGCAUUAGAAAGACAUGAGAUGGAUCUUGAAUCUGCCAUACAGUUUAUCCGGAGCGUAGAAGCCGAGUCGACAAGCAUCAGCAUCAGCACCAACACUGGAGACAACACCAAUGAACCAGAAGAGGUUGAUGGAGAACAGAUACCUCCUGUUCCGCGGAUCUCUUCUGGUCAAGCAGAACCACCUCAGCAACCAAACAAUAGUAGCUGGGCUGGCCCGCCAGUUCGAUUGCCUCCGCUGGCAGAAGACCCAGAUUACGCCCCGUCAUUGCAGUCCAACAGCACAAGACGGGCUGCCGAUUACGGUGCUGCUCUAUUAUACCUUAGGCGGACGCGGCCAGAGGCUGCAAGAUAG